GCAGGAAUUUUAGUCGUUUGCCGAUCAUUCAUUCAAUAACCUGUGCCAUGAGAGGUUUUGCUUAUUUACUCAUUUAUUUCGUGUGUCUGCGAUUUGGUGAACCUGCACCUGCCGCCAGUAGGACAGCUAAGGCCAUCGUGCUGGUUCCUGCAAGGUACGUUCCUCUCUUGGCGAAUUCCCCAUAUCAGGCACAGUUUAAAGGACCUCUGUCAUUCAUCGGUGAUUGGAUCAACAAUUCUGAUUGGUUUCCCAUCGAAAUUAACGUUCCCGACACAUUCGGAGCAAUUGGUAACGGUCUUCAAGGUUUCGGAAAUAAUGUGGGUAACUUUGCCCAAGGAAUCGGGAACAAUAUUGGAAAUUUUGCACAAGGCGUCGGUACAGGCUUCAAUACAGUUACCACCAAUAUUGGUAAUGGAUUGCAAAGCUUUGCUCAAAGGAUACCAAUCAUCAGCAAUUUCGUUAGGCCAGUUGCUGUAGCCCAAAACACAAAAUUCGGUACCAAGUACUUCGUAGUGAUGCCAGAAGUGUAUAAUGAAUUAGAAAAAGGAGAUACAGAGGAAGUUACAAACGAUAUUGAUUUCGAUCCAUUUGCUGAAGAUGAUAUGUUGUCGAAUUUUCCAUAAUCAUAAGAGGAGCAAACUUUUCAAUUAUUUAUUUUAUAUUUAUUUAUUGUAAUUUAUUAAUAAAAUAUAUUCUUUUGAAUUA